UCCACGAAGACAAGUCAAGGAGGGCAGGCUGUUUGAAAUUAACUAAAUUAAAUGUUGUCGAUUAGUCACUGUUUUGUCACGUACAGCACUUAUACUGUUUGGGUUUGUUCAAUACGUGUAUUUUAGAUAUAAUUGCUCUUAUAGAACACACGUCGGAACUUUACAGUGUGGUGGUCUGUGAAUCUACCCGGAAAUAUUUGGGUAACGUACAUCAGAUAGUGUUCAUUUUUUUGCCGAAAUGGCUUUCGCUUUACUUUAGUCAUGAUCCCGCGGUCGUGUGUGUUUAAAUAAUCGUGCUCAUAAUCAGCAACACACAAACAUCUGGAGGACUGUAACAUUGUAAAUAUAGGUCAGUGGUGUGAAAAUAUGGAGUCGGGACGGCGGAAAGGUCUCAGUGGUGUCCUGUCGUCUUUAUCCCUGCUAUGUGUCGUUUUGGACUUGCAGAUCGACGGUGUGUUGGGAGCCACCCCUGUGGAAAUUGAGCACCAUCUUGAAAUGGGCCGCAAGUUGUUGGCAGCUGGACAGCUGGCAGAGGCCUUGUCCCAUUACCACUCGGCUGUUGAUGGAGAUUCAAAGAACUACCUGACGUAUUACAAGCGUGCAGCAGUCUUCCUGGCGAUGGGGAAGUCCAAGUCUGCCUUGCCAGAUCUGACCAGGGCCAUACAGCUCAAGCCCGACUUCCUGGCUGCCAGGCUCCAAAGAGGGAAUAUUCUUCUGAAGCAGGGCAACGCUCAGGAGGCCAGGGAGGACUUUAAGGCAGUGCUGCAGCGCUCUACAGAGCACCAGGAGGCGAGGGAGCAGCUCUCCAGAGCAGACGAGCUGGAGGAGCUGCAGGAAAUGGCGCAUCAUGCCCAUCACCAGGGCGACUACGCCAAAACCAUAGACAUUCUGGAGCGGGUCAUAGAGAUUUCUCCUUGGGACCCUGAGUCUCGUGAGCUCCGUGCUGGCUGCUUCAUCCGCCUUGGUGAUCCGCGGAAGGCCAUCCAGGACCUGACGCCAGCUGCAAAACUUCGGACGGACAACCGAGCAGCCUACCUGAAACUCAGCAAGCUGCACUACCAACUAGGCGAACACCAGGAAUCCCUCAAUCAAGUCCGUGAGUGUCUGAAGCUGGACCAGGAUGACAAGGAGUGCUUUGCUCACUACAAGCAGGUGAAGAAGCUGAGUAAGCAAAUGGACUCUGCCGAGGAGCUCAUCUUAGAGCAGAGGUUUCAGGAAGCUGCCGACAAGUACGAGUUGGUCAUGAAAACUGAACCCACUGUGCAGUUCUACACCAGCAAAGCCAAAGAGAGGAUCUGCCAUUGCCUGGUCCAGAUCAAGAGGUCGAGAGAGGCUGUGGACGCCUGCACAGAGGCCCACCAGUUAGACCCGCAGAACCUGCACAUCCUCAGGGACAGAGCUGAGGCCUACAUCCAGCUCCAGGACUACGAGAAAGCUGUGGAGGACUACCAGGAGGCUCGGGAGUUCGACAAUGAAAAUCAGGAGAUUCGAGAGGGUCUCGACCGUGCACAGAAACUGCUCAAGCAGUCACGCAAGAGGGACUACUACAAGAUCCUGGGUGUAGGCAGGAAUGCCAACAAGCAGGAAAUAAUUAAAGCAUACAGAAAGCUCGCACAGCAGUGGCAUCCAGACAACUUCCAGUCAGAGACAGACAAGAAGGAAGCCGAGAAGAAAUUCAUUGACAUUGCCUCAGCAAAGGAAGUCCUGACUGACCCAGAGAUGCGCCAGAAGUUUGAUGCGGGUGAGGACCCCCUGGACCCAGAGAGUCAGCAGGGUGGAGGUGGCCGGGAAGGUGCCUGGCCGUUUGGCUUUAAUCCCUUCGAGUCGGGCGGUGGUGGUGGCAACUAUCACUUCAAGUUUACCUACAACUAGGACGGACAGAUUAUUUUUUUGCUCCUUUUUACAAAAUAAAAGCCAGGAACAGACUUAAAUCCAGGUACUCAUAAAAGGAAAGACCCAGAGGACAGCACGCAGUGUUGUAAUUAGGAAUGGAUUUUUUUGUUUUUUGUUGUAGCUCUUUUUUCCCUCCUUUUUUGCAGGUGAAGGAAUUUAACUAAGGGGGUUUUGGUGAGACUUUUAGCAUCACCUCUUCUGAGCAAAUGGGACAGUCAUUUCUUGUCUGCUUGAGCUCUAAGGCUGAACUGGGAGGGACUGUCUGUCUGUCUGUCCAUUGGUCUUUACUGACCGACCCGAGAGACCAUGGAGAGAGUGGACAAAUGGACUUGAAGCCCGGAAUAGGGCAAGAGAGCUUGCAACCACAGCUAACCAGGUCGUGACAGUUUUCCAUUUAACAUAUCGGUGUGCCAUUUUCUCUUUCACCCUGUUCAGCUCCUUUGUCUUCAUUGCUUAUGGCCUGUCUGUCUAGGUUUACUGCUCCUGUAUGCCUUUGCAUACUCCACAAAAGCACUCCCGAUAAUGUGCAGUGGCAUUGCGUUACUUAAAAUAAACAGCACUUUUGUUCAUGCCUCUCAGACCUUCUUAGCUCAUCUGUGCUAUUACAUGUAGCUUCCAGCGUGUGUUCUGCACAGAAACAAAGAACCAAACGCUGGUAAGUUUCCACGUAGCAACAGAAACAUCAAAAAUAGUUACUUAUGUUAAACGUUAUGUGACAGUCUUUUCAUAGAUGCCACAGACGGGCUAAGUGAGGAUUUGAGAGUCAUGGUGUGACCUUAAGUUGUGUCACGUAUUUGGGGCAGAUGCCUUGUGUGUGUGUGUGUGUACAAUACCUGUUCAUGCACAUCAGACUUCUCAAUGUUUCUCAGUAGUUACUGUAGCAACUUUAUGUUUUUUUUUUUUAAAACAUGCUUUUUAUUCUUUAUUAUUUUAAUGAAACCACUCCUAGAGCACUGAACUCUUUAAGGUGUCCAUUUGAAACUGAUCAAGUAACUGGAACUGACCAGGACACUGUUUCAUGAAGCCUUCAAAGGUAAACUCUUCCUAAUGGGGACACUUAUAGGUCUUGUUACGUUUCUGUUUGGACAGAAUAUUAUUGGGUGUAAUUCUCAAAUUGGCUCAGUCCCCCUUCUUGAGAUCAGAGGAUUUAGGUCUCUAUCUCUAAAAUUGUGUGUAAAGUCUAACCUUUUAAGGACAUGCUACUUAAAAAACCUGUGUUCACUCAGUUUGCAGGUAUUAGUUUGGAAAGGUGAAUCUAUUGACACUUUCAUCAGAUUCUUUAGGGUUGGAGGUUACUGUACUGUUUUGGUCUCCAAAAAGGAUUCCUCCUGGCAUUCAUGACUCACAGUAUCUUAUCUUUUUGUGUUUUUUUUUUAACUGCUUUUUUUGUGUCUUUGUCUUGGCCAAACUGAAACUGAAUGUGCGGAUUGUAUUUAAAAUGAAAGAAAAUAAUGAAAUAAGGUGUUGCGUGUUCUUCCAACUCAUUAACUUCAUGUUGACACCCAGAUUGAUUCCUGAUUCCUUGUUCAUUGAAGUUCGAUUAGGGAAUGAAUAAUUUCCAAAUGUU